UAGCGGCUGUGUUGGCCUGUUUAAUGCUCUGGACCUGGAUACGUGUGUGUUAACGAUUAGUGACUUGGUUGGACUAUCCAGGUUCCUGCUAAAGGUGGUUAGAGUGCCCACUCAUUGGAAGAGUGGGUACGGUUGGUGGCUAAGGUCGGUACGGCCCUACGGUACAGUUUGGUUGGUUUGUUGGUUGCCAGGUGAAGGGGCAAGACGGUGUGGGUACUUGUGGUCUGAGGGGUUCUGAGGAUGACUAUGAGGAUGAAGAUGGGAAAGAGGAUUGACCUUUUCCUGUGGGUGGUGUCUGCUUGCCUCUGCCUCACUCUCACUGGUGCGUCAGAGACAGAGAGGCUGCUUCACCAGAAGAUCUUCCAGAACUACAACCUGAAGGUCCGGCCAGCUAAACAAUGGGAGGAGAAAGUCCAGGUCCGCGUGGGGAUGACCCUCUCCCAGCUCGUCAGCCUGAAUGAGAAGAACGAGGAGAUGACAACCAAUGUGUUCAUGAAUAUGGCGUGGACCGACUACAGAUUAUCAUGGAAUCCAGAGGAUUACGAUAAUAUAGAUGUCCUCAGGAUUCCUCCCAACAAGGUGUGGCGGCCAGAUAUCUACCUCAUCAACAAUAAUGAUGGUCAGUUUGACGUGGCUCUGUAUGUCAACGUGCUGGUCUACAGUGAUGGGACAGUCAACUGGCUGCCUCCUGCUAUCUACCGCAGCAGCUGCCCUAUAGAGGUGGCGUACUUUCCGUUUGACUGGCAGAACUGCACCAUGGUGUUCCGCUCCUACACCUACGACUCAUCAGAGGUGGACCUGCAGUAUGCCCUGGAUGAGAAAGGAGAGGAAAUACAUGAGAUUAUCAUAGAUGAGAACACCUUCACUGAGAACGGGGAGUGGGCGAUCUGCCAUAAGCCCAGCAGAAAGAACGUGAACCCCGAGGACCUGUAUGAAGACAUCACCUUCUAUCUUAUCAUCGAGAGGAAGCCUCUCUUCUACGUCGUUAACAUCAUCGUGCCCUGCAUCCUCACCAUGGUCCUGGCCAUCUUUGUCUUCUAUCUACCACCUGGCGCAUGUGAGAAGAUGACCCUGUCUAUCUCUGUCCUCAUCGCUCUCACUGUGUUCAUGCUACUGCUGGCUGACAAGGUCCCCGAGACCUCCCUGGCCAUCCCUCUUAUUGUUAACUAUGUCAUGUUCACCAUGAUCCUGGUCACCUUCUCAGUCAUCCUCAGUGUGGUGGUCCUCAACUUGCACCAUCGGACCCCCUACACACACAUUAUGCCCCCUUGGGUGCGCAAGGUGUUCAUCCACUUCCUGCCGAAGUACCUGGGCAUGCAGAGGCCCCACCCAGAGGAGCCUUUGGAGGAGGAGCCUAGUGAUGACACGCCCAUCCAGAGCAUCGACGGACGCAGGCCGGGGGGAGAGUACUUCUUCAGGAAGAUCAACCCUGAACUGGUCCUACCCUGGAGAGGCAGGAGUGAGAGUACAGUACAGCUCCAGAGGUUCUUUGACAGUGACAACUACUGUCUGAUCCUCCCCCCGGACCUCAAGUCAGCCAUCGCUGCCGUCACGUACAUGGCUGAGCAGCUGAAGAAGCAGGAUGGCACCGACUCGGAGACAGGAGACUGGCAGUACAUAGCCAUCGUGGUGGACAGGCUGUUCCUGUGGCUGUUUGUCAUCAUCACUACUCUGGGGACUCUGGCCAUGUUCAUGGACGCCAAACUCAACUACACCCCAGACAAACCUUUCCCCCUGAGAACGUAGUCCAUUCACACACCCCAGCACAGCCACUCUGGUGCUCACAAGGGAUUACAAGAACUACACUUCCCAUAAUUCCAUAGCUGAGUACCAACUUCUUUGAUAUGACUAGGACCAGAGGUUUCCUCAGGUAAAACUCAGUGUUCUAUUUAUAAUGUAUAAUGUAUUGUCAAGGAUGACACAGUACCAUAUACUUUUAUAUGAAUACUGUAGUCCCCUUCUCUGAUCUUGCUCCUUUAUGAAAGCAAUAGAAACUAAUAUAGACGGUUUAUAGAUUAGCAUCGAUUUAAAUGGGACAAAUACAUUAUUCAUAUACAGUACCAGUCAAAAGUUUGGACACACCUACUCA